AUGGGCUGGGGUUCCCUCUGUGUCGCCGGCGCGGGCGCAUAUUACUUUGCCAAACGAGAAAUCAACGCCGACCGUCAGGCCAAGCUUCAAGCCGCUCGCAAGAAGAAGGAAGACCUUCGGUCGCUAGAGUAUUCGAGCCCCGGGUCGACAUCUUCGUCAGUCACCAACGGUAACGGCGCCCCUGCCAUCACAGACACAGCUGGCUCGCCGAGCCAGGAGGCGAGCAAUGAUCCGGCUGCGACGAGACAUGCUGCGGUGACAGAGUCGCAGCAGACGAGGGAGAAGAGCAAAUAUGAGAGCUCGACGCCUUAUAGGAGUCCGAAGGGGGAUCGGUUUUCAUAA